GGAAUCUGCUGCAGCACCCACCCAUGGCAGUGAAUCCUCUGGAAGGUCUCAUGUCGGUUGCAGAGAACCACCAGCUGGUUUGUUGCUCCACAGCUGAGCCACAGAGCCGGCAGCCUCUUGCGGCCGAGAGCCCAGCCUCCCUGCACGGACACAAGCAGAGCGCACGCAGCGGUCGGGAGCCCAAGAAAUGGCAGGUACAAUCAGUGUGCGGGUCCAGGUCGAACUCUGGUUCUGGUUGUGGGUCUGUGGUCCUGAGCAGGGCGCUGAGGAGUCAGCAAUCCCCAGAAAACGCAGCUCGAGAGAGGAGCCGAGUACGCAACCUGCGGCAGGCCUUCCACACUCUGCAGGCAGCUCUACCUUCAGUCCCACCUGACACCAAGCUCUCCAAGCUGGAUGUUCUGAUUCUGGCUACUAACUACAUAGCUUACCUGACAGAGACCCUGGACCAAGGAGGGACACUAACUGAGCAAACACUGCCCUCAAGGCCAGGUGGAUACCUGCAUCCUGUUAAGAAAUGGCCCAUGCGCUCCCUGCUCUACUGUGGGAGUGUGGGAGAGCUGCUGUCAGCCAGUCACAUGCCUCCACCUGGACAGGACGGGACACACCCAAUGAGUCCUGCCUCACAAGGAGACAAAGAGUGAAAUAGAUUAGAUGUCACUUUCACCCUGUGUCUUAUCACCAGCUGGUUAAUUAAUGUGCAGUAAUUGGUAACUUUGAGCAGUACUUUUAAAGUAUGUGAUACAUUGUUGCUGAUACAUACUUAAAGAAAAGCAAAGGAAGGAAAGCAAGACAAAUGUUUUGAAGAUGUUAAAGAUGAAAAAAUGUGUCAUUUUAUUUGAUCUGAAUAUGAAGGCUGGAACCAUCAGCUACAAUGAAAGUUGCCAUUUUUAACUUCUGGUGUUUUUGGGGGUUUUUUUCUUAAAUUUAAAUGUCUCUUAAAGAAAAAAAAAUGUUUCUUUGUGCAAAAAUCCUUUUUUUUUUCUUGAAUAUCAAAGUGUGCGUGUGUGUGCGUGCGUGUGCGUGUGUGUGCGUGCGUGCGUGCGUGCGUGUGUGUGUGUGUGUGUGUGUGUGGAGCCCAAACAGGUUCACAUUUACUCUUGUUGAGACUGUUUCAUCCUUAUCUAAGCAGAAGACAGCAGAUUGAUCAGGAACUGAUUUAAUACCAGGAAAUAAAACGGCUGCUUGUUUAAUCAAAGAAUCACUACAUGGAGGAACAGUGUGUAACUCAGUGUGUAACUCUAUUAUCUUAAUUAUAAAUGUUGUACAGCGUUUUUCAGAUGUUAAUUUCACAGUGUGGAAGAGUUUGGCCACCUGUGUGCUUUCGUUUAAAUAAAUAAACAAUAGGUUUGUGAGGUUUUCUUUCUUCAUUAUGUGGAUUUUAGUGUGUGUGUGUGUGUGUGUGUGUGUGUGUGGAGGAGUAAAGAGGAUGGACAGCUGUGAGGGAGGGAUUGUUGUGGGAACACGGCAGCUAUCUGACCACUUAGUUUUCAUUACAGCUAUGCCACAGAAUGUAACCUUUUCCUUUCACUUAAACACCGACUACAGUAAACGCUCGUACAGGUUUGUUAUGGUUUAACACUUCCUAUAUAUUUCAUCCCAUCCGAGCUCAACCUACCCCACGUGAGCUCCUUGUAAUAAAAGCAUUUAAAAAAAACAGAUUGUAAUUAGAAGGAUUUGAUAUUUUUUUUCAUUUGGUGUGGGGAAGUGAUUAGUGUGAC